AUGGCUUCCUCUGCUGCUGCAAUCCCCCCUCAGGAAAAGUAUGAUGUGUUUCUUAGUUUCAGAGGUGAGGACACCCGCUAUACUUUUACCAGCCAUCUUUAUGCUGCUUUAUGCUCAAAGAAAAUCAAAACCUACAUAGACGACAUACUUGAGAGAGGAGAGCAAAUUGCACCUGCCCUUUUCGAAGCAAUUGAGACAUCAAAGCUUUCGGUGAUCAUUUACUGCGAUGCAAGGCAAGAGGGGACAGACAGCACGGAGGGAGUUAUGAAGGUGUGCAAGUGGAGAGAUGCUUUGGAGGCAGCAGCCAAUAUGGCUGGGUUUGAUAAUUCAAACAAAACCGGGACAGAGGCCAAUUUCAUUGAGAACAUUGUCGAAGAUUUUUUGACCAAAUUGAAUCGCAAAUCGUCAAGUGAUUUAAAGGGCCUAGUCGGAAUUGAAUGGAAAAUUGAGCAAAUAGAAGGGUUAUUAUGCAUUAAUUCACCAGAUGUUUUCACUGUAGGUAUUUGGGGCAUGGGUGGAUUUGGCAAGACCACUCUCGCUGAUGCUGUGUAUCACCGACUUUCUUCUAAAUUUGAAACUUCUUGUUUUCUUGCAAAUGUUAGGGAGGAGUCAGAAAAUCAUGGACUAAAGCACUUGCGAAAUGUCCUUCUUUGUGAGAUAUUAAACGAAAAAGAUCUAACUAUUGACACUCCAUCCAUAGGAUCAACUUUUGUUCUAGAAAGGCUCAGCCAUACAAAGGUCCUCAUUGUUCUAGAUGAUGUGAAUGAUUCAAAACCAUUAGAACUUCUAGUUGGUGAUUAUGUCCGGUUUGGCCCUGGAAGUCGAAUCAUUAUAACAAGAAGAGAUAGGCGCCUACUUAAGAAAUUGGUUGUUGCUGAUAAGAUUUACGAGGUUGAGGGAUUAUAUUAUUUUGAAGCUCUUGAGCUCUUUCAUUUGCAUGCUUUGAAACAUAACUGUACUGAAAAAUGUUAUACAGAGGUUUUCAGAAUGGUGGCCGAUUAUGCCGGAGGCAUGCCUUUAGCUCUUAAGAUUAUGGGUUCUGUAUUCCUUCACUGCGACAACAAUGAAGACUGGAAAGAUGAAUGGAAUAAGUUGAAAAAAUUUCCCGACCAAGAUAUUGAGAACAUGUUGAGACUAAGUUAUGAUGGAUUAGACAAAAAUGCAAAGGAGAUAUUUCUUGAAAUAGCAUGUUUCUAUAAAGAGAUGACAAUAGAUUUUGCAAAGGAAAUGAUAGAUAUAAGUGGUUUAUUUGCUGAUGGAAUUAAAGUUCACAUUGAUAAGUCUCUCGUAUCAAUUUCAAGAUGGAACAGCCUAGAGAUGCAUGAUUUGGUUCAGGAAAUGGGUAGGGGAACUGAAACCGUUCGAGCCAUAUUCUUUAACAGAUCUAAGAUUGGAGAACCACACUUGGAUUGUGCAGACUUCAAAAAGAUGUCUAAUCUAAGUUUACUCAAUCUCGGCGAUUCUAGCUUUGGCAACUAUUGCCAAUUAAAAGUUUCUCUUCCCAAUUCUCUUUGUUAUCUUUCCUGGGCGGAAUAUCCUUUGAAAUCUAUGCCAUCAAAUUUUUCAGAAAAUCUUGUUGAGCUUCGAAUGCACGGCAGCAAAGUUGAGCGACUUUGGAAUAAAGACCAGGUAUAUAAUCUUGAGAACUUAAAAGUGAUGGAUCUUAGUUUCUCUACUCAUCUUAUUAAAGUCCCAGAUCUCUCUCAAAGUCGAAAAUUGGUGCAUAUAAAUCUUUUUGACUGUACAAGUUUGGUUCAAAUACCUUCGUAUUUUCAGUGUCUUGACAAGCUUACUCAUCUUGACCUGGGAGAAUGCUCGAAUCUCAAAUAUCUUCCGCAGAUGCCAAGCAACAUUGAAUUCUUAAAUUUGUCUAAAACUGCAAUAAAGGAAUUGCCUUCAUCAGUUUGGUCUCACGAAAAGAUUUCUUACUUGGAUAUUCGAUUUUGUAACUACCUUAGGAAUCUCCCAAGCAGCAGCUGUAAGCUGAAACUACCCUCCUCCGGUUUCAGUCUAGAGGGCUGCUCAUGUCUUGGCAAGUUUUCGGAGCUUCCAAGGGAUCUAACAGUGUUAGAAAUGAUAAGGGCAAAAAUAGAAGUAUUGCCCUCAUCAAUCGAGGAUCUCUUUGGUCUCAAUACAAUUCGACUACUUGAUUGCAAAAGAUUUGUGAGUCUUCCAUCGACCAUUUACUUCCCAGAAAUAUUGGAGCCUAUGGGACAUCUAAACAUUCUGUCGUUGAAAGGAACAGCUGUUAAAGAGCUACCCUCAUCAAUUGAAUGCCUUUUUGGUAUCAUGACAAUUGAACUGACAAAUUGCAAAAGGUUAGCGCAUCUCCCUCCCACCAUUUGUAAAUUGAAAUCUCUUCGCAAACUUGAUCUCACUGGUUGCUCUGAAUUUGAAGACUUCCCAGAAAUUUUGGAGCCUAUGAAAGACAUGAAUGGGUGUUGUGAAUUUGAGGACUUCCCAGAAAUCUUGGAGCCUAUGAAAGAUAUGAAGUUUUUUUCAUUAAAGGGAACACCUGUUAAAGAGCUACCCUCAUCAAUUGAAUGUCUCUUCGGUCGCAUUAGAAUUGAGCUGAAAAAUUGCAAAACGCUUGCAAGUCUCUCAACGAGCAUUUGUAAGUUGAAAUCUCUUCAAGAACUUGAUCUUACUGGUUGCUCUGAAUUUGAAGACUUCCCAGAAAUUUUGGAGCUUAUGAAAGAUAUGAAUUUUCUUUCAUUAAAAGGAACAACUGUUAAAGAGCUACCCUCAUCAAUUGGAAAUCUAACUUGGCUUAAAAAGUUAGAUCUUCGUCAUUGCAAGAACCUUGAGUUUGUCCCAAAGAGCAUCUACAAUUUAAACCGUCUAAUUACUCUAAGGUUUGAUGGUUGUUUGAAACUUAAGAAAUUGCCUCCCUUCUCAGUCGGUUUGCACUCUUUGGAAGUAUUAAACCUCAGUUACUGCAGUACAUUACAGAUCCCUGAUCACCUCCUUUGCUUAACCUCAUUACGAGAUUUAAAGCUAAGUGGAACCAUGAUUGAGAGCAUACCUGCAAACAUCAAACAAGCUUCUUGGCUAUUUUGCCUGUCCCUGAUCAAUUGCAAGAGCCUUCAAUCUUUACCAGAGCUCCCAUUAAUGCUAUAUUCUCUUAAAGCACAUGGCUGCACGUUGCUUAACACAGUGUCAAGCCCAAGGACUGCACUCGCACAAGAGUUGGAUGGAUAUAAUUUGUUUCCAGGGCUUAACCAGGAACUUAUUUUCUCUAAUUGCCUAAAAUUGGAUCAGAAUACAUGGUACCACAUAAUGGCGGAUGCACAACUUAGAAUUAUGCGUUUGGCAUUUGCCUCAUCAAAGUUUGACAAAUUUGAAGUAGCUUCAUAUGCAGAACUUUCCAAAGAAAUUGAAGUAGCAGCAGAUGUAGAACUUGAAGCAGAAUUUGAAGACGCAUCAGAUGCAGAACUUGAAGAAGAAAUUGAAGUAGCAUCAGAUGUAGGAGAAAUUGAAGUUGCAUCAAAUAACUAUUAUACUAGAAGACCUUCAGUUACCAUUGUAUGCCCAGGACGUGAAAUUCCAAAUUGGUUCAGCUAUCAAAACGAGGGAUCUUCAAUAAAUAUCAAGCUUCCUCCAGAUUGGUUUUAUUCAAAUUUCUUGGGUUUCGCUCUAUCUCUUGUUGUUGGAUUCGACAACUAUAAUGUUAAAGGGAGUUUAGGGUUUGGAUGUAAAUUCAAUUUCAAAGCAAAUAAUGGUGUAAGCUGUGAAUUCGAUUAUCGUAUGUAUGUUCUGUGUUGUGAUGAAACCAACCAUGGAGAAAGCAAUAACUACAAUUUCAAUUCGGAUCAUGUGGUUGUAUGGUAUAGUGCCUUUGAACCUGUAGGGGGAGUAGACUACACUAGCUAUCUUAAUGCCACUGAGGCCUCUUUUGACUUCAACCAAGUGGAUGGUUUUAAGAGACCCGUUAAGGAUUUCCAAAAUCAGGUGAAGAGUUGUAGGCUCCGGUUGUUGUAUGGCAUAGAUGCUCAGAAAUUUGUGUUAGGGGAACAGAAAGUAGGGGAAGAUACUAAAACUACAAGAUGCCGUGAUGAGGAACAAGUAGAUGAACUACUUGUUCAAAAAAUUGGAAAUACAAAACUGGAGGGGCAAGAUUAG